UGAAAUGGAGGAGAUGGCACUGUUAUCGUUCAGUAAUGUGCCAGUGGGCAUGCGGUGUUAAGCUAUACUUGGAUGUCCUAGCUAUAAAAAGCUUUUGUGAAAACUGACCUACAGUACAAAUUUGGUUUGCUAUAUAUGAGGUUGCUGCCUACUGCAAAAGAGAGAAAAGCCUUCUGUAAUAUAUAUUUCACACCCUUCUUCGUGAAGAUGAGCAGAGAAGAUAUAUCUCUGUGUGCACUGAACCAGAAAUUGAACAGGGUGGAGAAUAAACUGCAGAGCAUUCAGGCUCAGUUUACUGUGCUAGAUUAUAGCAUGCAGAAAUUAUCAGAGAAAUUUGAAUUUCAAAGUACCACCCUGGAGAAUCAAAUGGACCAGAAUGAAAUGUGGGCAUCACUGUUGGAAGACAGAUUGACUUCUACUGAGGUAAACCUUUUAUACAGCUACACCUGUGAAACUAUUCAUUAUUUACGUUGUCAAGUACUAGAAAAACUACCAGAUCUGAUAGGAGCCCUUCCUACUUUGUCAUCCAUCCUGAGGAAGAAAGGCAAAAACCAUAGAAUUAGGUCUGCAUGGGAGUCGGUACUGGAGAGACUUGGACUGCAAGAAGGAAAAGUUAAAGCACUCUGUACCUUUUUCAUUGCACAUAGUUAUGAUGCUUGUUACUGCCCAGUUAAUCAAAGACAAAAUUGCUCCACUGGUAUCAGCUCGGUUAUUAGAAAAGUAGUGAAGAACCAGCUCCUUCAGGACAGUCUACUAAGUGCUAUCUCUCUGGUGAACAAUGGGAAAGCUGGUGUUUUCCAAGACCAAAAGGCACUUUCCCUCAAAUAAUAUUUUCUACAAGUAUUUAUAAGUUUGGUUCAAAUUUUGCUUCACAUGUGAAUUCACUGGUUUGCCUUCUGCAGGAGCCCUAAUAAUCCACCCUGUAUUUGGAGGGGGGGGGGGCGUGGAGUACAGAAUUGUUAUACAGAUCAUGAAGCUAAUGUACAUGAGAUGCUUUCAACGCACUAAAAAGGCUACAUAA